ACACAACCACCACUACCAACUCUCGCACACUCAUUUGUAGGGGUGAACGAGUCAACUUCUAGAAUUUCUAUGUUCAACCAAUACUUUGAUAUUUCGAUGAACCGGUCAAAUUUGGUGUACGUGAAGGCACCGUGUUAUGCCCUCUGGUUUCUCUUCUCUAUUUAGUGAGUUACUGCUGUUGCUUAAGAAGUUGACGUUAUUAUUUGUGGACGACGUCAAAAUCUGUAGAAGAAAAAUGAGGCUGAUCUCCAAGCUGACUUGUACGAUUCAGUUAGAUUGGCUCGAGGUCGGGGCUUAUAAGUCAAUUCUAGGAGGAGUGUGCCAAUGCACACCGGUCACUGUAAUAGUUACCAUUAUACUAUCGAUGGUAAACCUCUUCCAUGCGUUCAAGAACAUAGUCUUAUGCGUAAUAAUAAGGCAUGACUUAAAAACAACUACGCAUUACAUCGCAGUAGCUGUCAAAAGUUUUUGUGCGUUAAGGUCACUUCACCAAGCGUUUAAACCUUUUGGCGAGGAAAUGUUUCGAAUUUUAUAUCCCAUCUAUUUAAGACCACAUUUAGAGUACUGUACCCAAGCAGUUAACCCAUGUCUGGUAAAGGAUACUAACUCACUUGAGCGUGUCCAGUGUGUGGGAACGAAAUUAGUGAAGGGUCUUUCUCAACUCUUUUACGAUGAGCGUUUAAAACACCUAGAUCUUUUCACCUUGUUGUAUCGUAGGACGCGAGGUGACCUUUUACUGGCAUUUCGUGUCCUUAAUUAUGAUUUGGGUGUUCAUAUGUCUUAUCUUUUUGCUCCCUCCAGCACUAAUAAUCUCCGAGGUCAUUAGAGGUAGAUGGAUAUACACAUCGGGCGGAUAUAUUUGUUCUGGAUUGCUUAUCUAAAAUG